AUGGCCGCCACCAGGAGAGCCUUCUUCCACUGCGGCGUCGACGGCAUUGCGCGCGCCGCGCCGGGGGAGGCCGAGCUGCUGCCGCAGGUCGGCGGCCGCCGAGCGGAGGAAGGCGCCAGCAGCAUGAUCUUCGGCUUCCCCAUGCCCGUGGUGCCCGGCCGGCCGGCCGCCGUCACCCAGCAGUUCUUCCCGGCCACUGCGGCAGCGCCGGCGCAGCAGCUGGCGACGGAGGAGCAGUGGCAGUGCCACAUGCCCUCUGGUUGUAGCGCGGCGGAGCAGUGGGUCCGGUCGGCGUCGAGGAAGAGCCGGCGCGGCCCGCGGUCCCGGAGCUCGCAGUACCGCGGCGUCACCUUCUACCGCCGCACCGGCCGGUGGGAGUCCCACAUCUGGGACUGUGGGAAGCAGGUGUACUUGGGUGGAUUUGACACAGCGCAGGCUGCUGCAAGGGCCUAUGACCAGGCUGCUAUCAAGUUCCGCGGCGUGAAUGCAGACAUCAACUUCACCCUGGACGACUACAAGGAUGAGAUGAAAAAGAUGAAGAGCUUCAGCAAGGAGGAGUUCGUGCAGGUGCUCCGGCGGCAGGGCGCCGGCUUCGUCAGGGGGAGCUCCAGGUUCCGGGGAGUCACUCAGCACAAGUGCGGCAAGUGGGAGGCCAGAAUCGGAAAGCUCAUGGGCAAGAAGUAUGUGUACCUGGGCCUGUUUGAUACAGAGACGGAGGCUGCCCAGGCUUAUGACAAGGCUGCCAUCAAGUGCUACGGCAAGGAGGCGGUGACCAAUUUUGAUGCCCAGAGCUACGACAACGAGCUGCAAUCGCAGUCUUGGGACGGCGGCGAGCUGGAUCUCGAGCUCAGUCUGGGCUAUGCCGGCAGCGAUCCGCCGUCCACGGUCGCCGUCGAGGCGUUCAGCUCCGCGCCGGGCAGCAAGCAGAGGACGAUGACCCUGACGCUCGAUCUGCCGGCGGUGGCGGCGGAGGGGGAGGAGACGAGCGCCAGCUACCCGCACAGGAGCAUCCUCAGCAGGCCUCCGCCGCCGACUGCUGCCGCCGGCAUGUUCUGGCGCCCGGCUGACGGCCACGUCCACGUCCGACACCGCCGCCACCCCGGCAGCGGCAGCAGGGACGACACGCUGCACAUGCAACUCCAUAUGCACCUGGGCGACGAGCAGGCCCAGAUCGACAGCGGUGGGGGCCCGCGCGCGCGCUGGACCAAUCCCGGUGGCAACGGCAUUAACUGGGCGCCGCCGUACGCCAGCGCCCGCCCCGGCAGCGACGACGACGCCAGCAGCGCCGCUGCCGCAGCAUCAUCAGGAUUCCCUCUGUGGCAGCUGGGCGAGGCGUGCAGGCCCAGCCGCUGA